AAUCAGAUUCUUCCAUGUAAUAGCAUGAAUUGAUCACCCUCCAAAACAGAAUGAAAGAAUUCUUAGUAGUAGUUUAAACAGUAGAAGAACUCUGCUGUUAAAUAUUUAAGAAAUACAUGUCUGUCCAUCAAAAUCAUAUCGAUGCUUAUAAGUUCAUCAGCCGAAGGGUUGAUUGAAUCCCACAUUCUCAUUACCCUGGCUUUAAUGUUCCGUGUUUGUCCUCUUGUGGUUAAUCCACUCAACUUCAUGUACGCCAUAGAGUUGUUCUCUUCAAACGAUUUUAAAAAGACUUGUUUAUUUAUAAUGCACCUAUGAAAUUUAAUUAGAACUAAGUGAUCUCACUAAUCAUCAAUGCACCUGAAAACAGGUUAUUCAUAAGGAAGUUGAGACAUGUUGGAAAUAUCUAAACACACAUGAAGAUUGCGGUUAUUACCCAAAGUUGAUGACGUUCCUUCUGCCCUUGGUUACGCUGGGCGUCCUGCUGCCUGGUCGUGCCUUCGAUCUCCCAGUGCGACCGAGCGUUGUCAGUGCAUAUGGAUAUGUUGAUGUGUUGUUGUGCCUUUGAUCUGCUGUACUCGUGGUGUCAUGGCAUGUUUUAUUGUGACUUCGAUUCGCUGUGUGCGCUACCCUGCGCUUAUAUUAGUCCAACAAUUAGAGAACCCGCACUGGGCUAUGGAUGAGUGCCCGUGUGCUUCUCAGCUUGUAUGUGCUUUGUUGUGGCCAGAAAUAAAUCCUUGUGCAUCUCAACAAAGCUUGCAUGCAGAAAAUCAAUCCGUUGCUUCUCAGCUUGCAUGUGCAAUAGUAUAGAUCUGCGUCCUUGCCUAAUCUCUACCAUUGAUACAUCUUAGUUUUAGAGUGGCAAAUCACCACCGUUCAAUAGUAUAGAAGAUAGAUGGUACUAAUUUGGUAUGAUAGAUAUCGAUACUAUUUUCUAUAAAUUUGAGCAAACUUCAAAAUUUUGAUUAAUUUAUAACAAACUUUGGAAUGCAAUGUAUUAUGAGACGGAGAGAGUAGUAUUUAACUGUACAUCGACGAUCUCAUAACAUUUGUUGUGAUGUGGUUCCUCUCACCUAAGUACUUAACAUUCCAGCAAGCUUGCCUUAUCCAUUUACUGCAUCAAUCCCGCGGUCAGUGAGGUAUAUUUAUCUGAGAGACCACCGCUCUAGAUCUUGAAUGUGUUUCAGUAGAACGCGCACGCGUGUGUGCAUGUGUAUAGUAGUGUGAGCGUGGGUCCUUGUAAUCCAGAAUAAAAAAAGAUUGAUAUAGACAUGCAAUCCAUUAUUUGUCCACGGCAUCAUAAAAAUCCUAUUGUCUCAUCGAUUGCAUCCUGCCCAAGCCAGGUACGGUACCCACAAUCCUAAUACACGCACGCGCAUUAGCAUGCUAUAAACUAAACCAGCGCCUAGUCACAGCCACACCAGUGGAGACCAUCGAGUGCCGGCGAUGGCUGAGCUCGCUGGGGGCGCCGUCCGCUCGCUGUUGGGCGUCAUCCGCGACGAGGCUAAGCUGCUGGGCAGCGUCCGUGGUGAUGUGCAGUUCAUCAAGGAGGAGAUGGAGAGCAUGAACAGCUUCCUCCUGCACCUUGCUGGGAAGACGCCCCGCAGCGGGGAGCAUGGCGAGCAGGUCCGCACGUGGAUGAAGCAGGUCCGCGACCUCGCUCAUGACUGCAGCAACUGCAUCGACAUCUACCUAAGGCGCGGUGAUCCGGCGGUCUACCGCGCCAGAGGAAUCCUGCUGGGUUACGUGUGGUGGGUGCCUUGGUUCGUGAAGAAGACGCUCGCUCAGCACCUAGCAGCCACACAGCUGCGCGACCUCAAGGCCCGGGCGCGCGACGUUGGCGAGCGGCGGCUCAGGUAUGGCGUCGAGGUCCCGGCGAAGGCAGAGUCCGACAAGCUGCUGACGGAGGCAUCGUCGUCGUCGUCGUUUCAAGCUGCUGUGGGAGUUGCAGCUGAAGGAGACCAUGACUUGGAACAAGACUACUACGCGGCGAUAAGCGAUGAUCCCCGAAGGGAGCUAGCCUUUUCCAAGCCUCGCAUUUUUUACAAGUGCACCGAAAAGCUAAUUCACUGGCUCGAACACCAACAAGAGCAUGGUCAAUUCCAAGCCAUCGCCAUUGCAGCACCGGACGAAGAGGAUGGAAGCCAAAUUCUGAAUGAAGCGUUGGCUCAUGAUUCCGUCAAGGAAAAGUUUGACCACACAUUCAUUCUAUGUGACUGGUCUUUCCUGCAAAAAACAUUGGAUUCAUUUGUCAAAAGAAAAGAACCCUGGGAUUUUCUUGAUGACAUCCUGCAGCAGCUGAAAGGGGAGGCAGAUGAAUCGGUCAAAGAAUUUGGUGAGGAAGACAUCGACGAGAUGAUUGGGAAGAUCAAGGAGAAGAUCGAAGAGCACCUGGAGGAAGCUGAUAAUAAAGGUUGCCUGGUUGAACCCUUGGAAGUACUCCACAGCAUCUUGCAGGUGCUGCUCCAGGACACCAACGCCGGUGAGGAUCAAAAUCAAACCCAGGAAAAGAUCCUCAACGAGACAGUAGAGAAGAUGAGGAAGUAUCUGCUGGUCGAAGCAGCAGGUGAAAAGGCCAGCUCCUGCAGGAUUGGCGUCGAGCAUCCCCAAUUCAUAGCCAUCCUGCAGAAGCUACUUCCCAAGCAGGCCACCACACCGGGGAAGGCAGCCACAACUAAACCGGGCGAGGAUCACAUCGUGAAGAAUAUCAAAGACAUCACGCUGAAGAUUCAAGUGCAGAUCACGCCAGAGCUGCUGCCAGUGUCGCUUCAUCAGCAAGAUAAAUCAGUGGAAGAAUCAGGCAAAGACCAGCCGUCACAGCAGGACUGCAGGGAGAGGAUUGAACAAGUCCUGAGGAGGAUCAAAGAGCAUCUGUUGAUUCAAGAAACCGUGGGGAGGGUUAGAGAACACCUGCGGGGUACAAGGACACUGGUCGUUCUCCACAAUGCCUCUGGCUACAAAUGGGACGAAACCGCAAAGGCCUUGCAAGAUUUGGGUUGCAGUUCAAUAAAAGUGGUAGUUACCACAAAAUACAUGCAGAGGGCCAACGAGUUUUGCUAUGGGACAGAACCAAUUGUAUACUCUUCCAUUGAAUAUUACCGCAGUACAGCGCUCCAACUUACAAAUCGGCGAGUCAAUGACGACGAGAGGUACAACGCCGAAAUUUUCCAUGAGAUCUUGGAGAAAUGUAGGGUGGAGAUGUCGGUGGAUCCAUUCUGCAUAAAGAUGUUCAUCCAUGCUCUGUUUGCCAAUCCAAUGAGGAGCAGAGAGGAACUGGAUAAGUUGAGCAAUAGCCUCGUGUUUGGAGGAUCCAUGGAGACUAAUGGCUACAAGAUGAUCAAGUUCUCCUACGACGAUCUUCCUAGGGAAUACAAGACCUGCUUGCUGUAUCUAGCCAUCUUCCAUAAAGAUGAGAAGAUAAACCGUAGAAGGUUAAUCGGACGGUGGGUUGCGGAAGGACUGAUAACUAGACAAGACUGGCCUAGUUCAGUAAGUCAGGCCGAGCAUUGUUUUGAAGUACUUGCCGACUUAUGGCUUGUCUGUCCUCAUGGCAUUGGUGUUGCAGGGAAGGUCAAGAGCAUUACAGUGCAUGAACAAGUGUACAAUUUCAUCACCAAGAUGGCCAGGAAAGAACACAUUCUGGACACACGUCUGUCUCGGAACCUGGCUCGCCACUUCUCCAUUCUCAGCAACAUCAGGCUCCGUCCCUCGGAUAGCAUCCUCGACUUUUUGAAGCAACCAUCACGUGCAUCAUCUCAGUUAAAUCUCGUCAAGGUCCUGGAUCUGGAAGGCUGUUCAUCCCUGAGAGAUAACCAACACUGGCUCAGGAACGUGUGCACCUCGUUAAUACUUCUCAAGUAUCUGAGCCUAAGGAACACAGAUGUCACUCAGCUGCCUAAGGAGAUCAACAGGCUCCAACAGCUGGAGGUGUUGGACAUCCGGCACACUCCUAUGAAUGCCUCCGCCAUAAAACACCUCAUGCUACUGAAGCUGAAGCGUCUACUGGCUGGUCAAAGUAUAGGCACUGACACUGGUGGUGGUGGUGGUGAUGCUAGCACAGUUUCCACUGUCCAGAAGAUGCCUCACAAGGUCAGGAAAAUGACAGAUCUGGAAGUGCUAUCCCAUGUACAGGCUUCGAAACAUCAUGCUACUGAGCUGAGAGAGAUUGGCCAGCUAUGGCAGCUGAGGGUGCUUGGUGUUGUCAUUUAUGACUGGAAAGCUCAACUUGAGAACUUACUCCAAGGGAUCAGCGAUCUGAAUGAGUGCCUUCAGUCUCUAUCCAUUGAGAUCAAGCCUCUGCCUAUCACUGCCAGCAAGGCUGCUACUCCUUGUGACAUCCCUGCAGCCAAUGCUAUCAGUGCCCACUGUAAAAACACACCCAAGCUUCUUGAAAGCCUGAGCAUCAGUGGAGUCACAAUGCAUGGGGGUCUUCUCCAAUUGUUUGCUACAGGCUGCGAAAAACUUGCCAAGGUAACUCUUGACAACACCUUGUUGGACCAGCGUGAUAUGGAAUCCCUCGCAGGUUUACACAACCUACGCGGCCUCAGGCUCCGCCAUGUUACUUUACACACUGGGAGCAUGCUUAUAAUCCAGACCAAUGGGUUCCAAAAUCUCAAGUAUCUUGUUGUUGAGGGGGGCGGCAUCACUGACAUCAACUUCGAAAUCACCGACAUCGACUUCGGACCUGGAGAAGCUCCUAAGCUUGAAAAGAUUGUCUGGCUUGUCGACGGGAUAGAGUCUCUCUCGGGAAUCAACAACCUUCCCAAGUUGAAAGAAAUAAUGUUCAAUGAUGGUGUCACGCUACCAGAUCAGGUGAAACAAACCUUAGAAGAUCAUCCAAACUUCAUUGAUGAUAACAUUUUACCUUACACGGUGGUCCAUCUAUUCAGCAGGAUUGCUUCGCCCAUUCACGUAUGUUUUACUAUUAUUCUGCUUGUGUGUGAACUAGAUUACACUCAUAUAUGUGUUUAUAUUCAAAUGUGAGUUCAUUUCUCUACAGCCAGCAGGGGUGUCUGAUGGUAACUGUAAGAUGUGUUAUGAGUGAGGGUGUACGGUUAUUUGUCCUAAACUAGAAUAGUGG